AUGGUCCAGAGCGAAUCCAGACGCAGCUCUGGAGCUUCACUGUUGGAAAAGUUACAGGAAUAUGACACAGAGAUGGAGAGGUUACAGCAGAUGGGUGAGCUUUACGUUGGAACACAAGGAGAGAGCCUGGCCAGUCUGAUGGAGCAGAGGGAGUUACUGUUGAACGAUACACAGGAAGCAUUGACUCGGCUUAUGCAAGAGGAGCCAGAGGGUGAGCGGCUGGCUGAUGACAGCAACAGAGAGAAACAGCAGUCACCCACAGCACCGAACAACCUCACCAGGGAUUCCAAGGUCUCCUCUGACGGCAAGGUGCCUUUCUUGAUGGAGGAGGAUGAGGAACAUGAGGAAGACGAGGAUGUUGUAAAGUCAGGAGAGAGAAACCAAACCCCAGUGUCAGCAGUGGCCCCCUCACUGUCGCUGCUGGAGGAUCUCCAUAUGUGCCAGGACCGAGCUGCUGCUUUGGAGUUUUGGUUGGACACAGUUCAGGAAUCAUUGGGAAAGUGCGCUGGGGACCAGGAGAUGCACCGGGAUGUGGAAGAGCAUCUGUUACAGUCACAGGAGAAAGCAGUGAGAAUUCAGGAGCUGCUUGGUUGGGAGGAAAUCCCACUGGAGUUGCAGGUGGAGUCUACAGUGAAGAAGAAAAUAGAACAGGUGAAACACACCAAUAAACGGCUCAAUACCAUGCACAAGGAGCCAACUACACAUCUCGGCCACUCAGCAGCCAAGCAUGAACCGGCGGGAGUUCCUUCUGAGAGUGAUAGCAGACAAGAUGCUUCCCCAUUGUCUCACGACAGAGAGGGAGCUCUGCCUGCCUUUGAGUUCAAGGUCGAAGGUCAGCAGCAUUCCCCACAUGGUCUGGGUGGACAUGAGGAGCUGGUGCAGAGUGGGGAAGAUCCCAGAGAAUACAGUGAUGAUGAUGUCACACCCACAGCCGAGGAACUGCCAGAGACGCCCCGUCCACAACCAGAGAGGAGUGAGGAGUCAGGCAAUGAUGGGCUACACCGUGGUGAGACUGAACCACGGCGGAGACAGUGUGAGGCGAGCGAGGAGGAAACACAGGCAAAAAGGCGCAGGGAAUUGUGGUCAGUGCAGACGGAGCAGGAUCAGGAUAAACAGCGAGUAGCUAAAACCCCACUGCAUCCACAGGACACGAAACAGGAGAAGCUGGAGAAGUGA